CCGGCACGGACAGGGAGGGAAGGGCCGUCCCUGACCCCGGAGGGGCUCCCGAGCUCCCGAGACAGAGAAUAAAAUUAGGAGGAGAAGACAGCCAGUAAUGGAGUAUAUGAGUACUGACAGUGACAAUAAAGAGGAGAUUGACUUAUUACUGAGAGACUUAAAUAUGUCUGAAGUCAUUGACAUCAUGGAGAACCUUUACCCAAACGGAGACCUGGCAGUUUAUGAAGACAGUCUGAUUUCUCUGUGUCCGGAGAAUAAUAAAAAUGAGGAACGCACAGACUCCUUGCUCUUCAGUGGGAGAGAGGUUUCCCUGUUGUCGUCUGUCAAGUAUGGGACUGUGGAAGACUUGCUUGCUUUUGCAAACCAAGUAUCGAAUGCCACAAAGCAGUUUUGCCGGCUCCGAAGACAGGAAUCCGGGAUCAUACUAAAUAUGAUCAGUCCUAAAAAUGGGCGCUAUCAAAUUGACUCGGAUGUGCUCUUAUUUCCAUGGAAGCUGACCUAUAGAAAUAUUGGUUCUGACUUCAUUCCCCGAGGAGCAUUUGGAAAAGUGUACUUGGCCCAAGAUACAGAAACCAAAAAGCGAAUGGCUUGCAAACUGGUACCAGUGGAACAGUUUAAGCCAUCCGAUGUUGAAAUUCAAGCCUGCUUCCGCCACGAGAACAUUGCAGAGCUUUAUGGAGCCAUCUUGUGGGAUGAGACAAUCCAUCUUUUCAUGGAGGCAGGAGAAGGUGGCUCCGUCCUGGAGAAAGUGGAAAGCUGUGGACCGAUGAGAGAAUUUGAGAUCAUUUGGGUCACAAAGCAUAUCCUCAAAGGACUUGAGUUUCUUCACUCAAAGGGAGUUAUACAUCAAGAUAUAAAACCAAGCAACAUUGUUUUCAUGUCUACCAAAGCGGUUCUGGUGGAUUUCGGUCUCAGUGUUCAAAUGACAGAAGACAUCUACUAUCCCAAAGACCUCCGAGGAACAGAGAUUUACAUGAGCCCAGAAGUGAUUCUCUGUCGGGGCCACACUACCAAAGCUGACAUCUACAGCCUGGGAGCGACCAUUAUUCACAUGCAGACUGGAAUCCCUCCCUGGGUGAAUCGAUACCCUCGUGCUGCGUACCCAUCUUACCUUUAUAUAAUACAUAAGCAAGCACCGCCAUUGGAAGACAUUGCAGAAGACUGCAGCACGAACAUAAGAAGGUUUCUGGAGGCCGCUCUGGAGAGGAACCCAAACCAAAGGCCUUCUGCUACAGAGCUGCUAAAGCAUGAGGCUUUGCACCCGCCAAGGGAGGAACAGCCUCGGUGCCAGAGCCUGGACUCAGCCUUAUUUGAAAGGAAAAGACUGCUGACCAGGAAGGAGCUGGAAUUGCCAGAAAACAUUGCUGAUUCUUCAUCUCUUGGGAUUUCUGAGGAAUCAGAGCUGUUGAAGCGACAACGAUCACUGUACAUAGACUUUGGGGCAUUAGCUGGCUAUUUCAACAUCGUCCAAGGAUCAACGACCCUAGAUUAUGAAUAAAUACAGAGAUCUCUUAUGCCGGACUGAAUUCUUCUAGAUGGAAGAAGAGAGCAUUGAUCACUUGAAGAAUUUUAUAAAGACAGCAGAAGAAAGCAGUUAUUUUUAUCACUUGAAGGAUUUUAUAGAGCUAAAUGUUUUAUAAAGCUAAAUGAAGAUAUAGUAAGCACUAACUUUUGAUCUGGAUAGCAAACAAACAAUCAAAAACAUAAGGUUACUCUUGGGAGUAAAAUCUUGCUCUUUGGAGAUUUGGCACAGACACAUCGUGGGAAUAAUGUUCAGUGUGUGGAAGUUUAAAAAUAUAUACAUGUACUUUAUGGGGUUUUUUUUAAAGUAAAAGACUUAAAUGGAGAUCAGCCUAACUAAGCUUGUGCCUUCCGUCCAACAGAUGUUGCUUUAGGCCACACUGAUCUCCUCUAAUAAUUAUUGACGUGUAUAUGUAAUUGGUUCAAGGGUUGUGUCUAAAAAGCAUCUGCUUCUGGUAGCUAUGUUGCUUAUGUUGGAAGUAAGGUCUUAGAGAUAACCCAGUUGUGAUUCCUCUCUGUUGCAAGCUCUUCUUGAGUUAUAGCAUUGGAUGAGUUUCUGUAAGUGGGCUUGAAACAUUGUUAGUUGGGGUAAAGACCCUUCCAUGUUUCUUUUUGGUUUGCCAGUUUGAUGUAUCUCAGUUGGGCCCAGAAGCAGCUCAGUGACCCACAAAACAGCAUCACCUGAGCAUCUUUGUUCAUCUCCACCCAACCACCCACUUGUUUGGUUGAUUGUUUUGGAUACCAGGGAAGGCAACUCCCUGCCUUUUUUGAGAACCUUUAUUUCCCCUCCCUUCAGUUCUUCAGUAUUCUUCUCAUGUUCUGUUGGUACUGUUCUUUUCAUCUUCCAGUUUUUGGGCUGAGUGAUAAAACCGAGCCUACCAGCUUGAGUAAAUCAUCAGAACAAAAUAAUAACCGAUAAUUUGUCCAUUUGAGAAUACUCAAUUUUUUCCUUCUUACAUUGAGGAUAAUUAUGAUAGUGUAUUGACAAUCGUGGUAUAUAGGCUAAGGAGCACUUUUGGAAUUUUGAGGAAGGGCAGGGAGUGUCACCACAAAAUGGCUGUCAGGAAGGACAAUAAGCACAUUAAGAAGUUGUCCGAAAUGGGGACAGCUAUUUCUGAAUGGGUAGUCCCUGCAUAUCCUAGGGUGGUGUCUUCUGAAGUACAUCAUGCUCCAGUGCUGUGGAGGAAAGCCAGUAUUGGCUCUCUGCUUUGGGGUAGAACAAGUGGGCACCAGGAAACAAAUCGGCAGGCACCAUGUUGGGCAUCACUGGAUGGGGAAAUCCUGCAGAACUUUUGUGUGCCACAGUAAGGUUCUUUCACUGACUGGCUGAGUCCACAGACCACAUCAGAUUCAUAGGAUGGGAAAUGAGCACAAAAAAUUCAUUGUAACUAGAGGUAUUAUGCUCAAAACUUGUAUACUUUAGGCUGCUAUCCAGAAACCACUUGAAUUGGCAUAGAUGUAUUUUAACUGAGCUGGCCCGCCUUGGAUGCAAUUUUCCGGAAAGUUUGCUUGUACAAGCUUCGCCAAAAUGAAUGGGAGCUGUACAUGAGCAUAAAAUAAGUACAAGUAUUCUAAUUUAAGUGGUUUGAAGAUCACAAAAAAAUAGUAACUCUGUCAGUGUGAGGCAUUUGAAGUAUAAUGUUUGUGUUAGAAUACUGUGCAAUGUUUGGGAAUUUAUGCCAGUUCUGAUGGUGGGUUAAGCUUAUAACUGUGGGACCACAGGUUUAAGAUAAACAUGUAUUAGAAUGUCAUGAAUGAUAGAUUAUUUUAUGUUCCUAUGGAAACAGACUUCCUUUUCUCUUGAAGAUGUUGUAUACAUUUAAAACAUGAUGUUUUGGAUGGCAGUAAAACUGUUUCAAGAACAUAGUGUUGUACAUCCCAUGGGAUGAAUAUAUAAACUUUUAUAUAAAAAAGCUUUUCAGUACUAAGGAUUAAUGUCUUUCUAAGCAUAUUAUUUUUAAGGUGUCAUACUAUGUAUGUUGUAAAUAAAACUCUUCAUAAAACAACAUCCCUCUUUUAAAGUGGAAAUGUAAGAAUGUUUGUAUACAUAGUAUGUUCUU